AUGUCAGCUUUUGAGGCACCUCCCGCCAAACGCCCCAGGACGGACGAUCCUCCCCUCGAGCCAACAACCAUAACGCGCUCAGACAUCUGGCAUAUGGACGGAAGCGUUAUUCUACAAGCGUUGACCACGCAAUUUCGCGUCCAUUGGGGGCUACUUACGAUGCAUUCGACCGUAUUCAAAGACAUGUAUGCGUUGCCACAACCGAACGCUUCGGAGCCAACUGUUGAAGGCUGCCCUGUCGUUGAAGUCCACGAUGACCCGGUAGAUCUGCAGAACUUGCUCAAAGCGCUGUACAACCCGACCUACCUCCUGCAAGACUCCCUGCCGUUCGCUGUGGUCGCUGCCCUCAUUCGUCUUGGCCGGAAAUACGAUUUUUCUGAUCUCUUCAAGGCCGGUGUGCGGCGACUUACGCGCGACUAUCCCUCCACCGUCGAAGACUUUGACUGUCAGGACACCGCGAAAGCGAGCAUAUUGCCUUAUCACGGUCUCCACGUCGAUGUGCUCGCGCUGGCCAGGGAGAACAACAUCCUUUCAGUCCUUCCGGUGGCUUUCUACUCCAUUUUGCAUGACUACCGACAUGUAGAGUGGCUGGACGGACUUGAGCGGCCGGACGGCACCAAAGCCGUGCUUGCCCCCAACGAGCUCCGGAUAUGCGUGACCAGCAGCAGCAGGAUGUUCCGCAUCCCGCUGCAGACGGGCUACACCUUCAGCUGGCUGUACGAGUCGCCCUCUGCAGACAUAUGUCGCUGUGUCACCGAGUGCAGCCAGUGGCGGUUGAAGAUCUCCCAGCUCUUCAUCAACUUCAACUCAGACUAUGCGGGGGCAGCGUUGUUUCCCGACCCGGACCAGGUGGAAGUGUUUCUGCAGAGCAGCUGUCUGCCGUGCCAGAACGAGAUACGCAAGGCGACCCAGAAUGGACGAAAGAAGGCAUGGGAGGAUUUGCCGUCGUUCUUUGGCCUGCCUGGUUGGGACGAGCUCACGAACGAAGUAUAA